AGUGUACCGGGCCGGCACCGGGGCGCGGGUGGGAGGCGAACGCGCCAGCCACGCGUGUCCGGGCGCAGGUGCCGGGGGCGGCGGCGACGCCGGCGACAACUCCGCAGCGUCCGCUCGGGAGGAGAGUUGGUGGCUGAUCUCGGGAUGCCUCGCAGAUGCAGAAUGUGUCUGUGGCCAGCAGGAGGAAGGAAGAGGAAGUGAGAGCAGCGCAGCCGGCGGCGCAGCGGCCGACCCGGACUGUGUGGACACGUGCGGCCGCCUCCACCCUAGGAGCCCCAGUGCCACUGGCUUUGGACAUUCUUGGGGCUCACAAUGCCGCCACCCGCGGACAUCGUCAAGGUGGCCAUAGAGUGGCCGGGCGCCUACCCCAAGCUCAUGGAAAUCGAUCAGAAAAAACCACUGUCUGCAAUAAUAAAGGAAGUCUGUGAUGGGUGGUCUCUUGCCAACCAUGAGUAUUUUGCACUGCAGCAUGCCGAUAGUUCGAACUUCUACAUCACGGAAAAGAAUCGCAAUGAAAUAAAAAACGGCACUAUCCUUCGCUUAACCACAUCUCCAGCUCAGAACGCCCAGCAGCUCCACGAACGCAUCCAGUCGUCCAGUAUGGACGCAAAGCUGGAAGCCCUGAAGGACCUGGCCAGCCUGUCCCGCGAUGUCACCUUUGCCCAGGAGUUUAUAAAUCUGGAUGGCAUCUCUCUCCUCACACAGAUGGUCGAAAGCGGCACUGAACGAUACCAGAAGUUGCAGAAGAUUAUGAAGCCUUGCUUUGGAGACAUGCUGUCAUUUACCCUGACGGCCUUUGUAGAGCUGAUGGACCAUGGCAUAGUGUCGUGGGAUACGUUUUCUGUGGCGUUCAUUAAGAAGAUAGCAAGUUUCGUGAACAAGUCAGCCAUAGACAUCUCAAUCCUGCAGCGGUCCUUGGCCAUUUUGGAGUCAAUGGUACUCAAUAGCCAUGACCUCUACCAGAAGGUGGCGCAAGAGAUCACCAUCGGCCAGCUCAUCCCCCAUCUUCAGGGGACAGACCAAGAAAUCCAGACCUAUACCAUUGCAGUGAUUAAUGCACUUUUCCUGAAGGCUCCUGAUGAGAGAAGGCAGGAGAUGGCGAAUAUCUUGGCUCAGAAGCAGCUGCGCUCCAUCAUUUUAACCCACGUCAUCCGAGCCCAGCGGGCCAUCAACAACGAGAUGGCGCACCAGCUGUACGUUCUGCAGGUGCUUACCUUCAACCUCCUGGAAGACAGGAUGAUGGCCAAGAUGGACCCCCAGGACCAGGCUCAGAGGGACAUCAUAUUUGAACUUCGAAGAAUUGCUUUUGAUGCUGACUCUGAACCUAACAACAGUGGCGGCAGCGUGGAGAAACGCAAGUCCAUGUACACCCGAGAUUAUAAAAAGCUUGGCUUCAUCAAUCAUGUGAACCCUGCCAUGGACUUUACGCAGACCCCUCCUGGAAUGCUGGCUCUGGACAAUAUGCUGUACUUUGCUAAGCACCACCAGGAUGCAUACAUCCGGAUUGUGCUUGAGAACAGUAGCCGGGAAGAUAAGCACGAAUGUCCCUUUGGCCGCAGUAGCAUAGAACUGACCAAGAUGCUGUGUGAGAUCUUGAAAGUGGGCGAGCUGCCCAGCGAGACCUGCAACGACUUCCACCCGAUGUUCUUCACCCACGAUAGAGCCUUUGAGGAGUUUUUCUGCAUCUGUAUCCAGCUCCUGAACAAGACAUGGAAAGAGAUGAGGGCAACCUCGGAAGACUUCAACAAGGUAAUGCAGGUGGUGAAGGAGCAGGUUCUGAGAGCACUCACAACCAAGCCUAGCUCCCUGGACCAGUUCAAGUGCAAACUGCAGAACCUGAGCUACACUGAGAUCCUGAAAAUCCGUCAGUCCGAGAGGAUGAACCAGGAAGACUUCCAGUCUCGCCCGAUUUUGGAGCUCAAGGAGAAGAUUCAGCCAGAAAUCUUAGAGCUGAUCAAGCAACAACGCCUCAACCGCCUCGUGGAAGGGACCUGCUUUAGGAAACUCAACGCCCGGCGGAGGCAAGAUAAGUUUUGGUAUUGCCGACUUUCACCAAAUCACAAGGUCCUGCAUUAUGGAGACCUGGAAGAAAGUCCUCAGGGAGAAGUGCCACAUGACUCCUUGCAGGACAAACUGCCGGUGGCAGAUAUCAAAGCCGUGGUGACAGGAAAAGACUGCCCUCAUAUGAAAGAGAAAGGUGCCCUUAAACAAAACAAGGAGGUGCUCGAACUUGCUUUUUCCAUCUUGUAUGACUCAAACUGUCAGCUGAACUUCAUUGCUCCUGACAAGCAUGAGUACUGUAUCUGGACAGAUGGACUGAAUGCGCUGCUCGGGAAAGACAUGAUGAGCGACCUGACGCGGAAUGACCUGGACACGCUGCUCAGCAUGGAAAUCAAGCUCCGCCUCCUGGACCUGGAAAACAUCCAGAUCCCCGAUGCUCCUCCACCGAUCCCCAAGGAGCCCAGCAACUACGACUUCGUCUAUGACUGUAACUGAAGUGGCUGGGCCCGGACGCGCCCCCUCCAAACUGGAAAACCUAGCUAAGAGGAGCGAGGAAUAGAAACACGCUCACACCUUGGAUCCUCUGUUGGUCAAGGGAAGCUGUGGGCCAACGCUUCCUUUGGCCUCACCUCUAGCCCCAGCAUUUUUUGGACUCUGCCUGGCAUCCUGCUCACCUUCCUGACUGUUUCUAGACUCCACUGCUUUAGGUCACUUCCCAUUGCUGCAGUCCACUGGCGGGACAAGAGCAAAACCCACUGCCGCCAGUGUGAGAGCCAAAGGGCCCUUCCACCCUAACCCCAGCAGGCAUGUCCUUCCUUCCCGGGGUAGGAAAGCCAGCAGCCCCAGAAUGCUCCAAAACGUGCCCACUAGACCAAGGGGAGUGCCCCAAGGCCCAUGUCCUGGAGAAACAGCCUAGCUCCUUGAUGAGAACACUGAAGACCACAUCCUCUCCCUUUUCUCUAGAGUCAGCUCGCACCACCAGUUCCACUGGAAUUGAGAUCUGCUUCCAAGUCUCCUCCCUGCCCUCCCGCCUGUGCCGUGCCCUGUUCCUCUUUGGUCCCAAGAGCAGCAGUAGCCUCCUGUAGUCCUCGCCAGCAUCAGGUCACCCCAACAGACAGCCCACGGGUCCCAUGCCCACUUUGCAUCCGCACUGUGACCACGACCAAACUUCCCUCCUGCCCAGCUCGUCUUGGGCUUCCUCUCGCUGCCCCAGCCCAGCCUGCCUCCCUUGAAUCCACACAUGCCCCUGCCUCUUAGCUGAAAGCACAGGCAGUGACCAACAGUCACGCUCCAUCUCUGAUAGGCUAAACCAGAAUGUCUCUGUGACGGGCCGUUGCUGUCCGAUGUCCCCUCCUGGGCGUCCUGCUACAGUACAAGUUCCACAGGCUGGCCAAGCUGUCAGACAUCCGAGUUUACAUCAUUGUAAUUAUUACAGGUAUUUACAAUUUGCAAGGGUUUGGGGUUAGGUUCUUUUUUUUUUUUUUCUUUUGGCUUUGUUUUUGUACAAAAGAGUCUAACAUUUUUUGCCAAACAGAUAUAUAUUUAAUGAAAAGAAGAGAUUCAUAAGUGUGUGUACUUUCCAGUUUUUUUUUUUUUUAAUUAUUUUCAUCCCAAACUUCUUCCUGAGAGU